GCAUCAGGUUAUAUACGCCUAAUAAAUCAGUCAGUUAUUUACUGUUAAUGCAGUAUUUUAGGAAAUGUUUAUAAUGUUAAUAAAAUUACUUGUUUCACUCUUUCUAGCCUUUGCUGGUGUGUAAAAUUUUAGGUAAAGUUUCCUUAGUUUAGCCAUUAUUUUGAAAAUAUUUCCCAAAGUAUUGCUACGCUGCCAACUGUCUCCCCCUCCUUCACUCAUUCAGCAUGUUUUCAUUCAGCCCCGCUUACACACAUACAUACUCAUCAUGUCAACACUGUAGCCAAUGCCCCUCUGUCUGACAUUGGCUGAUCCAAUUUAGGGAUCUCUCCAUCUAGAGUUAGCUUGUUUUGACCAGCCUGCAAGGCACCAUGGGAGGUUAGGAGCUUAGGCCAACUGGUAAGCAGCGGGGGUAUAAAACGCAGCUCUCAGAGCAGUUCUCAACAGCUUCAGAGGCUUACCAACAUUAGGAUCUAUAGCUCAGGGAGCCCACUGCGACUACACUUUUUCAGUAGCGGGCAGCGUUGAACUCCUCUCCUGCAAAAAUGGUUCUGGAGGAUUCCGAUGUGGAAAUGAUUGUGGCUGAGCUUGAAGUCACUGAGCACGAUGUGGAGACUCCUUAUGGUAGAAUCCACUGUACAAUGAAGGGGGUUCCCAAGGGUGACAGACCCGUCAUCCUCACCUUCCAUGACAUUGGACUGAACCACAAAACCUGCUGGGACACGCUCUUCAACCACGAGGACAUGUCAGAGAUCAUGCAGCACUUUGCUGUGUGUCACGUCGACGCCCCCGGGCAGCAUGAGGGAGCUAACACCUUUUCUACUGGAUAUGAGUACCCCUCCAUGGACCAAGUCUCUGAGACCCUCCCUCUGGUGUUGAAGCAUUUUGGGCUGAAGAGUGUUGUCGGGAUGGGCACUGGAGCCGGGGCCUACAUUCUCACCAGAUUCGCUCUGGACUACCCGAACAUGGUGGAGGGGCUGAUGCUCAUCAACAUCAACCCAUGUGCUGAGGGAUGGAUGGACUGGGCUGCACACAAGAUCAGCGGUUGGACCCACGCCGAGCCUGACAUGAUCAUCUCCCACCUCUUUGGAAAGGAGGAGAUCCACCACAACCAGGACCUGAUCGGAACAUACCGCCACCACAUCCUAAAUGACAUGAACCAGUUUAACCUGCAUCUCUUUGUCAAGUCCUACGAAAGUCGGAGGGAUCUGGAAAUUGAGAGGCCGGUCCCUGGAAGCAACGUCAGAACUCUCAAGUGUCCUUCUCUGCUGGUGGUUGGCGACAGCUCUCCUGCUGUGGAAGCUGUGGUUGAGUGCAACACCAAGCUGGACCCAACAAAGACUACCCUGCUUAAGAUGGCUGACUGCGGAGGCAUGCCCCAGGUUGAUCAGCCUGCCAAACUGACAGAAGCUUUCAAGUACUUCAUUCAGGGCAUGGGAUACAUGCCCUCUGCCAGCAUGACCCGCCUGGUCCGCUCCCGCACCGCCUCCGGCUCCAGCGUCACCUCCUUUGAAGGCAACCGCUCCCGCUCCCACACCAGCGAGGGAAACCGCUCCCGCGCGCACACCAACGAGGGCCGCAGCCGCAGCCAAACGGGCGAGAACCAGCGCGGUCGCUCCCACACGGGCGGCUCCACGGACGGCACGUCCAACAGCAACGUGGACACCGCCGUGCCCAAGUCCACCGAAGUGUCCUGUUAAGUGAACCUUCACUCUCCGGGCACCCAAACCUCUCAAGGUCCCUUCGGUUUGUGCUGCGCUGCCUCUAACUGACACACAGACAUACACCUUCCUACGCACAUACACACUGAUGUGGAAAGGGACACUAUGAUAGUAGACCUGGUAUUGUACAAACGCACAACAGACACUCACCUGCAGACUACCCAGUGCAGCUGAGAUGCCCCAAUUUGAAAAUGUUUUUUGAGUGCGAGGUCAGAGUACGUCUUUUUUCAUUCUGAGUGAGUCAAACAUGUCUGAACAGAAACAGGCAAGUGUGUCGUUAGGGGCAACGCAGCAUUUGGGACACCGAAGCAGAGAAUGUCGGAGAAAGCUGUGGCUACGAGUACAUCAGCUUGUACAUGUAUCUCAUAAUCUCUCAUACGUAUAAAAAAAAAAGUUUUAAUUUCCAUUUCUGCAUCCCCUCAUCCCGUUUUUAUCCAUUUUUACCAUAUUGACACAGCUUUCUCAAAUAUACCUGACUGUAAAUGACUGUUUUCUGUUCUUACUGUAAUUGUUUGAUCAUUUAUUCUUUAUUUUCCAUGUCUGAAGUGUUGUCGUUUGUACGUAGGAGCAGAUUUGUAGAGAGAGGAUGGGGAGGCACUUGGAUGAAUAAAAAUGGCAGUUUACCUCAGAAACUGCUAUGUAACUUUGAAAGUUAAGGGACAGAAUUCAUUAUAUCAAGUAUAUCAUGUAUAUACAGCAAAUAAUAUUGUUUCACCAUGCCGAUAUCCAUUUUCCUUGACUUUUUUCAAAACGUCUGUCAUUUUAACAGUAAUACUGUGUGUUCACUGCUGAACUUACAAACUUUUCAGGAAUCAAACUAUCAUUUUUGGUACAUUCCAGUGAGGCUGUAUGCUUUGUCAUUAAUCACUCUGAAACACAAAAUUCAAAAGUUUUCACUUUGUAUGCUUUAUUAAUGGAUCAUGGCUUCAGACAAAAGUUUUUUUUUCUUUUUUAUGAUGAUUUCUAUGCAAUCAAGCACAAUGGAACAAAGAUGUGCCAUGGAAUUGUUCUUUUUGUAGACAAGAUGCUCCUAUGUGGUUGUGGAUUUUUGGGUGAGUGAAGUGAUAGGUCCACAUGAUAACAUGAGGAUAGCCAUAGAACUUACCUGACACCUUCUACUCCCGUAUUUUACUUGCACUACAGCAACAUUUUGCUUUGUAGAACAUACACAGCUUUGUAAAGAUGCGAUGCACAACCGUCUAAUGCUGUAGAAAAGCAUUAAAAUGACAUAACAGUUUGUAUUUAUUAAAAAAAAUGACAAUAAAAAACUUGUAACUCA